AUGACUGUGGCAGGGGUGCCUGAGGACAACAAGCCCGCCCCUGGCACUGACGAGAUCGGGGGCAGGCUCUCGCUGAAAACCAUGACUGGCGUCAAGCCUGCCCACCGUGUCUUCAUGGAGAACUGGCAGGCGGCGCUCACUGUGGCGAUGGUCAGCGUGCCGCUCUCGAUCUCGCUCGGCAUCGCGUCGGUAGCUGGCGCAGACCCCGCCGCGCCGACAAUGGGUGUUGCCACCGCCUUCUGGGGAGGCAUCUGUGCAGGACUGUUCGGCUCCAGCGACCACAACAUCGUCGGGCCCGCUGGUGCCCUGAGUGGCAUGCUUACCACUUACACGAUCAAGUACAACGGCAUCGGGGUCUUGCCGUACCUGUCCCUCCUCUCGGCCUGCAUGAUCCUCGUCAUCUACAUGCUGAACCUGCAGCGUUACUCGCUUCUGAUGCCCACGGCCGUCUUCGAGGGCUUCACCCUGGCCGUCGCUCUCAUCAUUGGCCUGAACCAGCUGAACAUGGCGUUCGACUUGCAUCCCGUAGGCCCCAAGCAUCAGCACCCGAACUUCUAUGAGAACGUCAUCGAGUCCCUCAAGAUCUUGGAUGAGCUGAGCUGGGCGCCGGCCAUCACCUUCGUGUUCCUUGCGGUGCUGCUCCUCUCUCUCGUGAAGUGGGUCCCAAAGGUCAAGGGCCAGCCGAUCCCGUGGACGGUGAUCAUCCCGCUCCUGACGAUCCUCCUCGGCUUCCUCUCCGACUCGGACAGCCUCGGCGGCAUCCGCAUCCCGACGCUCAAGGACAAGUACGGAGAGCUUAAGGCGAGGGUCGUCGUCCCCCCAGAGCAGUCCCUGGAGUUUUACGCGCAGGGCAACUACUUUGGCAUCUUCACUGCGGCCUUCGGCAUCGCCUUCGUGGCCGUGCUCGAGACGCUGAUCUCGGCCAAGAUCGCCGAGCAGAAGACGGGCUGGGGCUUCGAUGACAGCCGCGAGACGCUCGGUAUCAUGAUCUGUCACGCGGUCUGCGGUGCGGUAGGCGCCAUGCCUCCCACAGGCGUCUUUGUGAGGACGGCCCUGAACUUCUCGCUGGGUGCCACCCACAAGAUGUCGCAGGUCAUCAACGCUCUCGCGGUGCUCGUAAUCUCCGUGGUUGCCAUGCCCGUCUUCUCGUACCUGCCGCAGUGCUCGGUGGCCGCGCUUCUCAUCUUCGCCUCCGUCCGCAUGGCCCCGGUCCGCUACAUGGUCAAUCUCUGGAAGACGGACAAGGGCGGGCUCGGCCUCCUGGUGUUCACCUGCCUGAUCUGCGUCUUCACGGACCCUGUCUACGGCCUGAUUCUGGGCAUGGUCUUCGCCUUGCUUCGCGACGCCUCCCAGACGGCGCUCGCCGAGUCCCGUUUGUCGCUCUACUCGGGGGCCGACGAGGAGAACCAGGUGAGGCAGGUCGUCGUCACCGAGGGGGGUGACGAGCAUCCGGGCAUGACCUCGAGCAGGGUGGGUGAGAAGCAGGUCAUGCGCAGCGAGCAGAGCGAUCAGCAUCCGAGCAUGACGGCAACUUGCACUGUCGAGGUGGACCACCACGAUUCUCGGCUGUUGCUGAGGCCGUCACCCGCGGCGGCGAUCCUGGGGUCGCUGGCGGAGUCUUCGAGGAGAAGCCAGCGAGUGCAUCAUUCUGAUGGGAACGUCCUUGAUAAGGCCAGCGAGUGCGUCGUGGUGUACGAGCCGGUUGGCCCCUUCGUCUACCUGACCCAGGAGAAGCACCAGGCGCGCCUGAAGGUCCUGCUCGAGCGCCAGCCCAAGGCCAUCGUGGUUUCCCUGGACCUGACGUCCCGCGUCGACAAGGACGGCUCGGACUCCCUGGGCAAGACCGUGAAGCAGAUCGUGGAGAAGGGCCUGCGAGUGGAGCUGUGCCUGCCUGCUGCCCUCGAGAGCACCGUUGCGGGCAAGGCCGCCUGGGUCGAGGGGCUCCGGGCCGCCGGUCACGUGCCUGAGGACAACAAGCCCGCCCCUGGCACUGACGAGAUCGGGGGCAGGCUCUCGCUGAAAACCAUGACUGGCGUCAAGCCUGCCCACCGUGUCUUCAUGGAGAACUGGCAGGCGGCGCUCACCGUGGCGAUGGUCAGCGUGCCGCUCUCGAUCUCGCUCGGCAUCGCGUCGGUAGCUGGCGCAGACCCCGCCGCGCCGACAAUGGGUGUUGCCACCGCCUUCUGGGGAGGCAUCUGUGCAGGACUGUUCGGCUCCAGCGACCACAACAUCGUCGGGCCCGCUGGUGCCCUGAGUGGCAUGCUUACCACUUACACGAUCAAGUACAACGGCAUCGGGGUCUUGCCGUACCUGUCCCUCCUCUCGGCCUGCAUGAUCCUCGUCAUCUACAUGCUGAACCUGCAGCGUUACUCGCUUCUGAUGCCCACGGCCGUCUUCGAGGGCUUCACCCUGGCCGUCGCUCUCAUCAUUGGCCUGAACCAGCUGAACAUGGCGUUCGACUUGCAUCCCGUAGGCCCCAAGCAUCAGCACCCGAACUUCUAUGAGAACGUCAUCGAGUCCCUCAAGAUCUUGGAUGAGCUGAGCUGGGCGCCGGCCAUCACCUUCGUGUUCCUUGCGGUGCUGCUCCUCUCUCUCGUGAAGUGGGUCCCAAAGGUCAAGGGCCAGCCGAUCCCGUGGACGGUGAUCAUCCCGCUCCUGACGAUCCUCCUCGGCUUCCUCUCCGACUCGGACAGCCUCGGCGGCAUCCGCAUCCCGACGCUCAAGGACAAGUACGGAGAGCUUAAGGCGAGGGUCGUCGUCCCCCCAGAGCAGUCCCUGGAGUUUUACGCGCAGGGCAACUACUUUGGCAUCUUCACUGCGGCCUUCGGCAUCGCCUUCGUGGCCGUGCUCGAGACGCUGAUCUCGGCCAAGAUCGCCGAGCAGAAGACGGGCUGGGGCUUCGAUGACAGCCGCGAGACGCUCGGUAUCAUGAUCUGUCACGCGGUCUGCGGUGCGGUAGGCGCCAUGCCUCCCACAGGCGUCUUUGUGAGGACGGCCCUGAACUUCUCGCUGGGUGCCACCCACAAGAUGUCGCAGGUCAUCAACGCUCUCGCGGUGCUCGUAAUCUCCGUGGUUGCCAUGCCCGUCUUCUCGUACCUGCCGCAGUGCUCGGUGGCUGCGCUUCUCAUCUUCGCCUCCGUCCGCAUGGCCCCGGUCCGCUACAUGGUCAAUCUCUGGAAGACGGACAAGGGCGGGCUCGGCCUCCUGGUGUUCACCUGCCUGAUCUGCGUCUUCACGGACCCUGUCUACGGCCUGAUUCUGGGCAUGGUCUUCGCCUUGCUUCGCGACGCCUCCCAGACGGCGCUCGCCGAGUCCCGUUUGUCGCUCUACUCGGGGGCCGACGAGGAGAACCAGGUGAAGCAGGUCGUCGUCACCGAGGGGGGUGACGAGCAUCCGGGCAUGACCUUGAGCAGGGUGGGUGAGAAGCAGGUCAUGCGCAGCGAGCAGAGCGAUCAGCAUCCGAGCAUGACGGCAACUUGCACGGUCGAGGUGGACCACCACGAUUCUCGGCUGUUGCUGAGGCCGUCACCCGCGGCGGCGAUCCUGGGGUCGCUGGCGGAGUCUUCGAGGAGAAGCCAGCGAGUGCAUCAUUCUGAUGGGAACGUCCUUGAUAAGGCCAGCGAGUGCGUCGUGGUGUACGAGCCGGUUGGCCCCUUCGUCUACCUGACCCAGGAGAAGCACCAGGCGCGCCUGAAGGUCCUGCUCGAGCGCCAGCCCAAGGCCAUCGUGGUUUCCCUGGACCUGACGUCCCGCGUCGACAAGGACGGCUCGGACUCCCUGGGCAAGACCGUGAAGCAGAUCGUGGAGAAGGGCCUGCGUGUGGAGCUGUGCCUGCCUGCUGCCCUCGAGAGCACCGUUGCGGGCAAAGCCGCCUGGGUCGAGGGGCUCCGGGCCGCCGGUCACGUGCAUCGUCGUCGCCUCGAUGCGCUGCGCGCAGCACAGGUGCCUGAGGACAACAAGCCCGCCCCUGGCACUGACGAGAUCGGGGGCAGGCUCUCGCUGAAAACCAUGACUGGCGUCAAGCCUGCCCACCGUGUCUUCAUGGAGAACUGGCAGGCGGCGCUCACCGUGGCGAUGGUCAGCGUGCCGCUCUCGAUCUCACUCGGCAUCGCGUCGGUAGCUGGCGCAGACCCCGCCGCGCCGACAAUGGGUGUUGCCACCGCCUUCUGGGGAGGCAUCUGUGCAGGACUGUUCGGCUCCAGCGACCACAACAUCGUCGGGCCCGCUGGUGCCCUGAGUGGCAUGCUUACCACCUACACGAUCAAGUACAACGGCAUCGGGGUCUUGCCGUACCUGUCCCUCCUCUCGGCCUGCAUGAUCCUCGUCAUCUACAUGCUGAACCUGCAGCGUUACUCGCUUCUGAUGCCCACGGCCGUCUUCGAGGGCUUCACCCUGGCCGUCGCUCUCAUCAUUGGCCUGAACCAGCUGAACAUGGCUUUCGACUUGCAUCCCGUAGGCCCCAAGCAUCAGCACCCGAACUUCUAUGAGAACGUCAUCGAGUCCCUCAAGAUCUUGGAUGAGCUGAGCUGGGCGCCGGCCAUCACCUUCGUGUUCCUUGCGGUGCUUCUCCUCUCUCUCGUGAAGUGGGUCCCAAAGGUCAAGGGCCAGCCGAUCCCGUGGACGGUGAUCAUCCCGCUCCUGACGAUCCUCCUCGGCUUCCUCUCCGACUCGGACAGCCUCGGCGGCAUCCGCAUCCCGACGCUCAAGGACAAGUACGGAGAGCUUAAGGCGAGGGUCGUCGUCCCCCCAGAGCAGCCCCUGGAGUUUUACGCGCAGGGUAACUACUUUGGCAUCUUCACUGCGGCCUUCGGCAUCGCCUUCGUGGCCGUGCUCGAGACGCUGAUCUCGGCCAAGAUCGCCGAGCAGAAGACGGGCUGGGGCUUCGAUGACAGCCGCGAGACGCUCGGUAUCAUGAUCUGUCACGCGGUCUGCGGUGCGGUAGGCGCCAUGCCUCCCACAGGCGUCUUUGUGAGGACGGCCCUGAAUUUCUCGCUGGGUGCCACCCACAAGAUGUCGCAGGUCAUCAACGCUCUCGCGGUGCUCGUAAUCUCCGUGGUUGCCAUGCCCGUCUUCUCGUACCUGCCGCAGUGCUCGGUGGCCGCGCUUCUCAUCUUCGCCUCCGUCCGCAUGGCCCCGGUCCGCUACAUGGUCAAUCUCUGGAAGACGGACAAGGGCGGGCUCGGCCUCCUGGUGUUCACCUGCCUGAUCUGCGUCUUCACGGACCCUGUCUACGGCCUGAUUCUGGGCAUGGUCUUCGCCUUGCUUCGCGACGCCUCCCAGACGGCGCUCGCCGAGUCCCGUUUGUCGCUCUACUCGGGGGCCGACGAGGAGAACCAGGUGAGGCAGGUCGUCGUCACCGAGGGGGGUGACGAGCAUCCGGGCAUGACCUCGAGCAGGGUGGGUGAGAAGCAGGUCAUGCGCAGCGAGCAGAGCGAUCAGCAUCCGAGCAUGACGGCAACUUGCACUGUCGAGGUGGACCACCACGAUUCUCGGCUGUUGCUGAGGCCGUCACCCGCGGCGGCGAUCCUGGGGUCGCUGGCGGAGUCUUCGAGGAGAAGCCAGCGAGUGCAUCAUUCUGAUGGGAACGUCCUUGAUAAGGCCAGCGAGUGCGUCGUGGUGUACGAGCCGGUUGGCCCCUUCGUCUACCUGACCCAGGAGAAGCACCAGGCGCGCCUGAAGGUCCUGCUCGAGCGCCAGCCCAAGGCCAUCGUGGUUUCCCUGGACCUGACGUCCCGCGUCGACAAGGACGGCUCGGACUCCCUGGGCAAGACCGUGAAGCAGAUCGUGGAGAAGGGCCUGCGAGUGGAGCUGUGCCUGCCUGCUGCCCUCGAGAGCACCGUUGCGGGCAAGGCCGCCUGGGUCGAGGGGCUCCGGGCCGCCGGUCACGUGCAUCGUCGUCGCCUCGAUGCGCUGCGCGCAGCACAGGUGCCUGAGGACAACAAGCCCGCCCCUGGCACUGACGAGAUCGGGGGCAGGCUCUCGCUGAAAACCAUGACUGGCGUCAAGCCUGCCCACCGUGUCUUCAUGGAGAACUGGCAGGCGGCGCUCACCGUGGCGAUGGUCAGCGUGCCGCUCUCGAUCUCGCUCGGCAUCGCGUCGGUAGCUGGCGCAGACCCCGCCGCGCCGACAAUGGGUGUUGCCACCGCCUUCUGGGGAGGCAUCUGUGCAGGACUGUUCGGCUCCAGCGACCACAACAUCGUCGGGCCCGCUGGUGCCCUGAGUGGCAUGCUUACCACCUACACGAUCAAGUACAACGGCAUCGGGGUCUUGCCGUACCUGUCCCUCCUCUCGGCCUGCAUGAUCCUCGUCAUCUACAUGCUGAACCUGCAGCGUUACUCGCUUCUGAUGCCCACGGCCGUCUUCGAGGGCUUCACCCUGGCCGUCGCUCUCAUCAUUGGCCUGAACCAGCUGAACAUGGCUUUCGACUUGCAUCCCGUAGGCAGUCCCUGGAGGCUCCGCGCCAGGGCCACUACUUUUUCACCAAUACCAUGCGGCUUCGGCAUCGCCUUCGUGGCCGUGCUCGAUACGCUGAUCUCGGCCAAGAUCGCCGAACAGACGGACGGGUUGGGGCUUCGAUUGACAGGCCGCGAGACGUCCCCACCCGGACCCGCGGUGCGGCUUCCGACGGCGCGGUUCCCGGUAUAUGAUCUGUCACGCGGUCUGCGGUUUUUUGCGGUAGGCCGCAUUUGCUCCACAGGCGUCUUUGUGAGGACGGCCCUGAACUUCUCGCUGGGUGCCACCCACAAGAUGUCGCAGGUCAUCAACGCUCUCGCGGUGCUCGUAAUCUCCGUGGUUGCCAUGCCCGUCUUCUCGUACCUGCCGCAGUGUUCGGUGGCUGCGCUUCUCAUCUUCGCCUCCGUCCGCAUGGCCCCGGUCCGCUACAUGGUCAAUCUCUGGAAGACGGACAAGGGCGGGCUCGGCCUCCUGGUGUUCACCUGCCUGAUCUGCGUCUUCACGGACCCUGUCUACGGCCUGAUUCUGGGCAUGGUCUUCGCCUUGCUUCGCGACGCUUCCCAGACGGCGCUCGCCGAGUCCCAUUUGUCGCUCUACUCGGGGGCCGACGAGGAGAACCAGGUGAGGCAGGUCGUCGUCACCGAGGGGGGUGACGAGCAUCCGGGCAUGACCUCGAGCAGGGUGGGUGAGAAGCAGGUCAUGCGCAGCGAGCAGAGCGAUCAGCAUCCGAGCAUGAUGGCAACUUGCACGGUCGAGGUGGACCACCACGAUUCUCGGCUGUUGCUGAGGCCGUCACCCGCGGCGGCGAUCCUGGGGUCGCUGGCGGAGUCUUCGAGGAGAAGCCAGCGAGUGCAUCAUUCUGAUGGGAACGUCCUUGAUAAGGCCAGCGAGUGCGUCGUGGUGUACGAGCCGGUUGGCCCCUUCGUCUACCUGACCCAGGAGAAGCACCAGGCGCGCCUGAAGGUCCUGCUCGAGCGCCAGCCCAAGGCCAUCGUGGUUUCCUUGGACCUGACGUCCCGCGUCGACAAGGACGGCUCGGACUCCCUGGGCAAGACCGUGAAGCAGAUCGUGGAGAAGGGCCUGCGUGUGGAGCUGUGCCUGCGUGCUGCCCUCGAGAGCACCGUUGCGGGCAAGGCCGCCUGGGUCGAGGGGCUCCGGGCCGCUGGUCACGUGCAUCGUCGUCGCCUCGAUGCGCUGCGCGCAGCAAGAGCCGCCACGAGCUCGUCGAUAAGCGUGAAACACUGCCGGCCGCAAAGGGUCGACUCGCUUAGUCUUCUGAUCCAGGUGCCUGAGGACAACAAGCCCGCCCCUGGCACUGACGAGAUCGGGGGCAGGCUCUCGCUGAAAACCAUGACUGGCGUCAAGCCUGCCCACCGUGUCUUCAUGGAGAACUGGCAGGCGGCGCUCACCGUGGCGAUGGUCAGCGUUGCCGCUUCGAUCUCACUCGGCAUCGCGUCGGGUAACUACUUUGGCAUCUUCACUGCGGCCUUCGGCAGUCGCCUUCGUGGCGUGCUCGAGACGCUGAUCUCGGCCAAGAUCGCCGAGCAUGUCUGGUGGCCGCGCUUCAACUCUUUCGCCUCCGUCCGCAUUUGGCCGGUCCGCUACAUGGUUCCAUCUCUGGAGAGCGGUCCAAGGCGGCUCGGCUCCUGGUGUUCACUGCAUGAUCUGCGUCUUCACGGACCCUGUUACGGCCUGAUUCUGGGCAUGGUCUUCGCCUUGCUUCGCGACGCCUCCCAGACGGCGCUCGCCGAGUCCCGUUUGUCGCUCUACUCGGGGGCCGACGAGGAGAACCAGGUGAGGCAGGUCGUCGUCACCGAGGGGGGUGACGAGCAUCCGGGCAUGACCUCGAGCAUGGUGGGUGAGAAGCAGGUCAUGCGCAGCGAGCAGAGCGAUCAGCAUCCGAGCAUGACGGCAACUUGCACUGUCGAGGUGGACCACCACGAUUCUCGGCUGUUGCUGAGGCCGUCACCCGCGGCGGCGAUCCUGGGGUCUCUGGCGGAGUCUUCGAGGAGAAGCCAGCGAGUGCAUCAUUCUGAUGGGAACGUCCUUGAUAAGGCCAGCGAGUGCGUCGUGGUGUACGAGCCGGUUGGCCCCUUCGUCUACCUGACCCAGGAGAAGCACCAGGCGCGCCUGAAGGUCCUGCUCGAGCGCCAGCCCAAGGCCAUCGUGGUUUCCCUGGACCUGACGUCCCGCGUCGACAAGGACGGCUCGGACUCCCUGGGCAAGACCGUGAAGCAGAUCGUGGAGAAGGGCCUGCGAGUGGAGCUGUGCCUGCGUGCUGCCCUCGAGAGCACCGUUGCGGGCAAGGCCGCCUGGGUCGAGGGGCUCCGGGCCGCUGGUCACGUGCAUCGUCGUCGCCUCGAUGCGCUGCGCGCAGCACAGGUGCCUGAGGACAACAAGCCCGCCCCUGGCACUGACGAGAUCGGGGGCAGGCUCUCGCUGAAAACCAUGACUGGCGUCAAGCCUGCCCACCGUGUCUUCAUGGAGAACUGGCAGGCGGCGCUCACCGUGGCGAUGGUCAGCGUGCCGCUCUCGAUCUCGCUCGGCAUCGCGUCGGUAGCUGGCGCAGACCCCGCCGCGCCGACAAUGGGUGUUGCCACCGCCUUCUGGGGAGGCAUCUGUGCAGGACUGUUCGGCUCCAGCCAGCACCCGAACUUCUAUGAGAACGUCAUCGAGUCCCUCAAGAUCUUGGAUGAGCUGAGCUGGGCGCCAGCCAUCACCUUCGUGUUCCUUGCGGUGCUGCUCCUCUCUCUCGUGAAGUGGGUCCCAAAGGUCGAGGGCCAGCCGAUCCCGUGGACGGUGAUCAUCCCGCUCCUGACGAUCCUCCUCGGCUUCCUCUCCGACUCGGACAGCCUCGGCGGCAUCCGCAUCCCGACGCUCAAGGACAAGUACGGAGAGCUUAAGGCGAGGGUCGUCGUCCCCCCAGAGCAGUCCCUAGAGUUUUACGCGCAGGGCAACUACUUUGGCAUCUUCACUGCGGCCUUCGGCAUCGCCUUCGUGGCCGUGCUCGAGACGCUGAUCUCGGCCAAGAUCGCCGAGCAGAAGACGGGCUGGGGCUUCGAUGACAGCCGCGAGACGCUCGGUAUCAUGAUCUGUCACGCGGUCUGCGGUGCGGUAGGCGCCAUGCCUCCCACAGGCGUCUUUGUGAGGACGGCCCUGAACUUCUCGCUGGGUGCCACCCACAAGAUGUCGCAGGUCAUCAACGCUCUCGCGGUGCUCGUAAUCUCCGUGGUUGCCAUGCCCGUCUUCUCGUACCUGCCGCAGUGCUCGGUGGCUGCGCUUCUCAUCUUCGCCUCCGUCCGCAUGGCCCCGGUCCGCUACAUGGUCAAUCUCUGGAAGACGGACAAGGGCGGGCUCGGCCUCCUGGUGUUUACACACUGCCUGAUCUGCUUCUUCACGGAACACUGUCUACCGCCUGAUUUACUGGGCAAUGGUCUCGCCCGCGCUUUCGCGACGGUGGGUGAGAAGCAGGUCAUGCGCAGCGAGCAGAGCGAUCAGCAUCCGAGCAUGACGGCAACUUGCACGGUCGAGGUGGACCACCGCGAUUCUCGGCUGUUGCUGAGGCCGUCACCCGCGGCGGCGAUCUUGGGGUCGCUGGCGGAGUCUUCGAGGAGAAGCCAGCGAGUGCAUCAUUCUGAUGGGAACGUCCUUGAUAAGGCCAGCGAGUGCGUCGUGGUGUACGAGCCGGUUGGCCCCUUCGUCUACCUGACCCAGGAGAAGCACCAGGCGCGCCUAAAGGUCCUGCUCGAGCGCCAGCCCAAGGCCAUCGUGGUUUCCCUGGACCUGACGUCCCGCGUCGACAAGGACGGCUCGGACUCCCUGGGCAAGACCGUGAAGCAGAUCGUGGAGAAGGGCCUGCGAGUGGAGCUGUGCCUGCCUGCUGCCCUCGAGAGCACCGUUGCGGGCAAGGCCGCCUGGGUCGAGGGGCUCCGGGCCGCCGGACUGUUCGGCUCCAGCGACCACAACAUCGUCGGGCCCGCUGGUGCCCUGAGUGGCAUGCUUACCACCUACACGAUCAAGUACAACGGCAUCGGGGUCUUGCCGUACCUGUCCCUCCUCUCGGCCUGCAUGAUCCUCGUCAUCUACAUGCUGAACCUGCAGCGUUACUCGCUUCUGAUGCCCACGGCCGUCUUCGAGGGCUUCACCCUGGCCGUCGCUCUCAUCAUUGGCCUGAACCAGCUGAACAUGGCUUUCGACUUGCAUCCCGUAGGCCCCAAGCAUCAGCACCCGAACUUCUAUGAGAACGUCAUCGAGUCCCUCAAGAUCUUGGAUGAGCUGAGCUGGGCGCCGGCCAUCACCUUCGUGUUCCUUGCGGUGCUUCUCCUCUCUCUCGUGAAGUGGGUCCCAAAGGUCAAGGGCCAGCCGAUCCCGUGGACGGUGAUCAUCCCGCUCCUGACGAUCCUCCUCGGCUUCCUCUCCGACUCGGACAGCCUCGGCGGCAUCCGCAUCCCGACGCUCAAGGACAAGUACGGAGAGCUUAAGGCGAGGGUCGUCGUCCCCCCAGAGCAGCCCCUGGAGUUUUACGCGCAGGGUAACUACUUUGGCAUCUUCACUGCGGCCUUCGGCAUCGCCUUCGUGGCCGUGCUCGAGACGCUGAUCUCGGCCAAGAUCGCCGAGCAGAAGACGGGCUGGGGCUUCGAUGACAGCCGCGAGACGCUCGGUAUCAUGAUCUGUCACGCGGUCUGCGGUGCGGUAGGCGCCAUGCCUCCCACAGGCGUCUUUGUGAGGACGGCCCUGAAUUUCUCGCUGGGUGCCACCCACAAGAUGUCGCAGGUCAUCAACGCUCUCGCGGUGCUCGUAAUCUCCGUGGUUGCCAUGCCCGUCUUCUCGUACCUGCCGCAGUGCUCGGUGGCCGCGCUUCUCAUCUUCGCCUCCGUCCGCAUGGCCCCGGUCCGCUACAUGGUCAAUCUCUGGAAGACGGACAAGGGCGGGCUCGGCCUCCUGGUGUUCACCUGCCUGAUCUGCGUCUUCACGGACCCUGUCUACGGCCUGAUUCUGGGCAUGGUCUUCGCCUUGCUUCGCGACGCUUCCCAGACGGCGCUCGCCGAGUCCCGUUUGUCGCUCUACUCGGGGGCCGACGAGGAGAACCAGGUGAGGCAGGUCGUCGUCACCGAGGGGGGUGACGAGCAUCCGGGCAUGACCUCGAGCAGGGUGGGUGAGAAGCAGGUCAUGCGCAGCGAGCAGAGCGAUCAGCAUCCGAGCAUGAUGGCAACUUGCACGGUCGAGGUGGACCACCACGAUUCUCGGCUGUUGCUGAGGCCGUCACCCGCGGCGGCGAUCCUGGGGUCGCUGGCGGAGUCUUCGAGGAGAAGCCAGCGAGUGCAUCAUUCUGAUGGGAACGUCCUUGAUAAGGCCAGCGAGUGCGUCGUGGUGUACGAGCCGGUUGGCCCCUUCGUCUACCUGACCCAGGAGAAGCACCAGGCGCGCCUGAAGGUCCUGCUCGAGCGCCAGCCCAAGGCCAUCGUGGUUUCCUUGGACCUGACGUCCCGCGUCGACAAGGACGGCUCGGACUCCCUGGGCAAGACCGUGAAGCAGAUCGUGGAGAAGGGCCUGCGUGUGGAGCUGUGCCUGCGUGCUGCCCUCGAGAGCACCGUUGCGGGCAAGGCCGCCUGGGUCGAGGGGCUCCGGGCCGCUGGUGUCAUCAGCCACACGGUACUCAAGAGGCCUGUGCGCAGGUAUUUGCAGGACAACAAGCCCGCCCCUGGCACUGACGAGAUCGGGGGCAGGCUCUCGCUGAAAACCAUGACUGGCGUCAAGCCUGCCCACCGUGUAUUCAUGGAGAACUGGCAGGCGGCGCUCACUGUGGCGAUGGUCAGCGUGCCGCUCUCGAUCUCGCUCGGCAUCGCGUCGGUAGCUGGCGCAGACCCCGCCGCGCCGACAAUGGGUGUUGCCACCGCCUUCUGGGGAGGCAUCUGUGCAGGACUGUUCGGCUCCAGCGACCACAACAUCGUCGGGCCCGCUGGUGCCCUGAGUGGCAUGCUUACCACUUACACGAUCAAGUACAACGGCAUCGGGGUCUUGCCGUACCUGUCCCUCCUCUCGGCCUGCAUGAUCCUCGUCAUCUACAUGCUGAACCUGCAGCGUUACUCGCUUCUGAUGCCCACGGCCGUCUUCGAGGGCUUCACCCUGGCCGUCGCUCUCAUCAUUGGCCUGAACCAGCUGAACAUGGCUUUCGACUUGCAUCCCGUAGGCCCCAAGCAUGAGCACUUAUCCGAGAACGUCAUCGAGUCCCUCAAGAUCUUGGAUGAGCUGAGCUGGGCGCCAGCCAUCACCUUCGUGUUCCUUGCGGUGCUGCUCCUCUCUCUCGUGAAGUGGGUCCCAAAGGUCGAGGGCCAGCCGAUCCCGUGGACGGUGAUCAUCCCGCUCCUGACGAUCCUCCUCGGCUUCCUCUCCGACUCGGACAGCCUCGGCGGCAUCCGCAUCCCGACGCUCAAGGACAAGUACGGAGAGCUUAAGGCGAGGGUCGUCGUCCCCCCAGAGCAGUCCCUAGAGUUUUACGCGCAGGGCAACUACUUUGGCAUCUUCACUGCGGCCUUCGGCAUCGCCUUCGUGGCCGUGCUCGAGACGCUGAUCUCGGCCAAGAUCGCCGAGCAGAAGACGGGCUGGGGCUUCGCGACGGGACAGCCGCGAGACUGGAUUCCUCUCGGCAUCAUGAUUGCCUCCGAGGAAGACUUCGCGCGGUGCACGUCGGAAAUGUGCAGCGUGAUGUGA